AUGUCUGAGAGCAACGACAGGAGUAGCCAACCGCCGAAGGGCAAUACGCCGACUGGGGACUCCCCAGCGGCCAACGACACAUUGACAACAAAUGACAACACACAAGCUCCGCACGCUCAAGCAGCAAAUYGUAGCGUCGCGAGCGCGCGCGGAUGGAUCUUUGCCGACGUAUCCCGCGCAAUUUGUGAGAACUUCCCGACAUACCUUGAGCGCCGACGGACUGGUGCCUGCGCGCACAACGCCGCGCACGCCCCUCAAAAAUCAAAAAGUAAACUCGAACUUGCCAAAGGCGUCAUGGCUUUGGGAACCGAGGAGCUACUCAGAUACUUUGACGAGCUCCUGAGACAUCGGGACACGACUACUGCACAGGCUGUCGCGAUCAGGACCUGCAGGUCCGAAGUUCAAUUCUUCCAGAGCAUGGGCACUAUGCCCGAGAAUCAAGAAAAGAAGAUGUACAUGCGAUGGAUCCGUGACGUCGGCAAAGCCCGGUUCCGCUUGCUGCAGUACCAACGGCAGAUCGAGUUGCACGGCGCUACCCGCAUAAAGAAGCCCAAAAUCUAUGAUCAACAUAGCAUGGCGCUGUGGUCGAAAGAAUGGGCCAUCCUUCUGGGACGUCAGGGCCUAUCGAUUAUCACACCCGGCGACAUUGACAUCAUCAUCAGCGGCGAUAUUGUCUUCCAUCCGACGCUUGUGGGCAAUUCUGCCAGUGCCUGGGACCCCUUCCCCGAAGGCUUCACACUCAGAGGCCACAGCCUCCAGAAUUGCCUUCUCCGCGUGCUAAAGCUGAUGCGAUAUUCUGAUAUGGACUCUCAGAUCGACCGGAACACGUGGAGUGAAAGCUUGGUCGCCGUCGUGAAGCGGAUCAUGGAAAUCAACACAGCUCCGCGUGGUGGAUAUGUGCAACGAGGCCGCGGCGGUUCCGGUCGUGGCGGUUCCGGUCGUGGCGGUUCCGGUCGUGACGGUGGAGGCCGUGCCGGUUUCGGUCGUGGCGGUGCAGGUCCUGCCGGUUGA